AUAAGAAAGAUAAUCUGCCAAGAAUAAAAAUGCUGAAAGGAAGAAGAUUUAUUUGAUCCACACAGACCAUUUCCAUUUACAGACUUCGAUAAUCUCUUACAAAUAUUUGAAGCUGGCUUCUUUCUCUGACAACUAAUAUUUUAUUUUUCAUGUUUGUCAGUGAAUAGACAAAUGGAGGAAUGACCCUACUUAGAACUACUGCUUUGACUCAUGGUUCUAUUUCAUCUCGACUGUUAAGGCUUAGCAUCUUUCUCCUCCUUAGUCUUCCUGACUCUAAAGGAAAAGCAAUAUGGACAGCUCAUCUGAAUCUAACAUUUCAGGUGGGAAAUCGGAUUGUAUCAGAACUAGGAGAGAGUGGAGUGUUUGGGAAUCAUUCUCCUCUGGAAAGGGUAGCUGGUGCAGUGGUACUUCCUGAAGGCUGGAAUCAGAAUGCUUGUAAUCCUUUGACCAAUUUCAGCAGGCCUGAACAGGCAGACUCUUGGCUGGCUCUCAUUGAAAGAGGAGGCUGUACUUUUACACACAAAAUCAAUGUGGCAGCAGAAAAGGGAGCAAAUGGGGUGAUCAUCUACAACUAUCCAGGUACAGGCAACAAAGUAUUCCCCAUGUCUCACCACAGAACAGAAAAUAUAGUUGCAGUGAUGAUAGGCAACCUAAAAGGCAUGGAACUUUUGCACUUGAUCCAGAAAGGAGUUUAUGUGACAGUCAUCAUUGAAGUGGGAAGAAUGCACAUGCCAUGGCUGAGCCAUUAUGUCAUGUCUCUGUUUACCUUCCUGGCUGCCACCAUUGCCUACCUUAUACUGUACUAUGUCUGGAGACCGAGAGUGCCCAGUUCCUCCACAAGGAGGCGAAGACAGGAAAACGCUGACGUGAAGAAAGCUAUUGGUCAGCUUCAAGUUCGAGUGCUCAAAGAAGGCGAUAAGGAACUAGAUCCAAACGAAGACAGCUGUGUUGUUUGCUUUGACAUAUACAAGCCCCAAGAUGUAGUACGUAUUUUAACCUGCAAACAUUUUUUCCAUAAGACAUGCAUUGACCCCUGGCUUUUAGUCCAUAGGACUUGCCCCAUGUGCAAGUGUGAUGUUCUGAAAACUUAAGAAAAACCGGAGAACCAUCUGAAGAUACAACCAGACCUUUCUAAAGACUGCGAUUAAGCGAAGGAUUUGUCGUAAUUCACUUAGAAAAUUUCAACCUCAGCUUCUUUAUGUAACUACUACGGGGGGGCAGAUUUUGUGUGUUUUAACAAUAAAAUU